CCCGCUCUCACAGCCAUUGCAGUACAUUGAGCUCCAUAGAGACAGCGCCGGGGCAAGUGAGAGCCGGACGGGCACUGGGCGACUCUGUGCCUCGCUGAGGAAAAAUAACUAAACAUGGGCAAAGGAGAUCCUAAGAAGCCGAGAGGCAAAAUGUCAUCAUAUGCAUUUUUUGUGCAAACUUGUCGGGAGGAGCAUAAGAAGAAGCACCCAGAUGCUUCAGUCAACUUCUCAGAGUUUUCUAAGAAGUGCUCAGAGAGGUGGAAGACCAUGUCUGCUAAAGAGAAAGGAAAAUUUGAAGAUAUGGCAAAAGCGGACAAGGCCCGUUAUGAAAGAGAAAUGAAAACCUAUAUCCCUCCCAAAGGGGAGACAAAAAAGAAGUUCAAGGAUCCCAAUGCACCCAAGAGGCCUCCUUCGGCCUUCUUCCUCUUCUGCUCUGAGUAUCGCCCAAAAAUCAAAGGAGAACAUCCUGGCCUGUCCAUUGGUGAUGUUGCGAAGAAACUGGGAGAGAUGUGGAAUAACACUGCUGCAGAUGACAAGCAGCCUUAUGAAAAGAAGGCUGCGAAGCUGAAGGAAAAAUACGAAAAGGAUAUUGCUGCAUAUCGAGCUAAAGGAAAGCCUGAUGCAGCAAAAAAGGGAGUUGUCAAGGCUGAAAAAAGCAAGAAAAAGAAGGAAGAGGAGGAAGAUGAGGAAGAUGAAGAGGAUGAGGAGGAGGAGGAAGAUGAAGAAGAUGAAGAUGAAGAAGAAGAUGAU